AUGAUUGAGGAGAAGGACAGAGAAAUUUCUAGACUUGUAGAUGAUAACAAGAAACUUCAUCAGUCAUUAGAGUCAAGACCACGAGCUGAUCAUAACGAUAAUUAUAACACAGACAUGUAUAAACAGGACGCAUCAAGUAUAAGCAACUCUGCUGCAGAACAGCAGAUUCUGAUUUUGGCAAGGCAGCAAGCCCAAAGAGAGGAAGAACUAGCACAGUCACAGCGGCACAUUUUAGCGCUUCAGGAGGAAAUUGAGGAGCUGGAGCGUGAGAAUCGGCUGCAUAGCCAACAGGAAUCUAUGUUGAAGGCUGAGCUUCGUAAGAUGGAAAGAAUGCAGAAGAGGGAAGGCGUAGAUAUGACAUACCUGAAAAAUGUAAUCUUAAAGCUUCUUGAAACAGGUGAAGUGGAGGCCCUAUUACCUGUAGUUGGUAUGCUUCUUCAAUUUAGUCCGGACGAGAUGCAGAAGUGUCAACAAGCGUACCGAGCAUCCGGAGAUGUUCCUCCUAGCCCAGUGAAUGAUGCUUCAGGAUCAGCGACUUCUCUUUUCUCAAGAUUCUCAUUUUCAUAA